AAACCGCGUCCCCAAGCGGCGGUUUUGAGGGUCAGGACACAAACCGCCUCUCCAAGCGGCGGUUUAUAGUGUCAGGACUCAAACCGCUGCCCAAAGGCGCGGUUUGUGCAUGGUCACCCGACAGCCAACAUGUCGGACAUGUCGGCAUGCAGGGGGUAGGGCACGUAGGGGUGCAUGGCAGACCUAAAACCGCUCUCCCCCCCAGCGGUUUUAGUGCAAAAUUUGCCUAUAAAAGGCAGUUUCAGAGAACUCUAUUCUUCACACCUCCUCUUCUUCCUUCUUAAAAUUUCAGCUUUAAAUUAUUUAGUUUUUGCGAUUAACAUUAAUUCGUAAGUUUGUUUCGUAAUUACUUUUCAUUGUCAUUUGUGAAUUUAUGUUAGUAACUUAAUUACUUUCCAUUGUCAUUUGUGAUUUUAUGUUAGUAACUUAAUUACUUUCCAUUGUCAUUUGUGAUUUUAUGUUAGUAACUUAAUUACUUUCCAUUGUCAUUUGUGAUUUUAUGUUAGUAACUUAAUUACUUUCCAUUGUCCUUUUUGAUUUUAUGUUAGUAACUUAAUUACUUUCCAUUGUCAUUUCUGAUUUUAUGUUAGUAACUUAAUUACUUUUCAUUGUCAUUUCUGAUUUUAUGUUAGUAACUUAAUUACUUUUCAUUGUCAUUUCUGAUUUUAUGUUAGUAACUUAAUUACUUUUCAUUGCAGAUGGCAUUCCAAAGGUUCACGCUUGGGUUGCGGUGGAAUGGUUACACGGAAGAGACCGAAAAGGGUGUAAGUUACGUCGGUGGCAAUUUUUAUAAAAUGAAGUUCCGUACGAGACCGAUGCUUGAAGAGCUCCAUCAAAUGUGCACUCAGAUUACCUGCAUGGAUGGCACUAGAAGAGUUGAUCGAAUGGUGUAUCGAUAUCCAAACAGACAUGAUGGGUCGCUGUGGCAUGAGGAAUUCCUCCUUACCACUCAGGAGGACGUUGAUGCCAUGGUCCAAUUUUUGACCACCAAUAAAAUUAAGCAAGCGGAGAUUUUCGUUUACACCGAGGUCGUCGAAGGCAGUGUAGGUCAUUCUGGAGAUGGCCAAACAUCUGGUUUCCACGGUGGGAGUGUAUUAUACGAAAAUCAUCCCCACCAGGAUUUCCAAGAGUCGAGCUGGAGGCAAGAGUAUCAUCAUGGUACUGGAGGAAGUCAUCAAUCCUUCCCGUCAUAUGAAGAAGAAGCUCAACAGGCGGAUUACAACCAACAAGCAGGCUACCAGUACCCACCCGACUACAACUUCUAUCAAAGCGGUGUUAGUUACCACAACUACCAUUACGGAGCUAGUGAAGGUGAAGGUGCCUUUCAUGCUGGUAGUCAGAUGGAAGAAGAGGUCAAUCCAAGUCCAGUUAGUGACCCUGAGGUUGAAGAAGAGGAAGAAGAAGUUAGUGCAGACAGCGACGAUCCGUUGGAGGGUGCUGAUGAUUCCGGUCCAGAUUCAGACGCAGAUGGUGAUGCGGUAGCUCACGACCGUGUACCUAUUCCAUACUACAAUCACAUUCAAAGUGAAGAUUGGUAUGUUGAUGAAAACAUGGACCCGCCAGAUGUGCAAGUAUGGGGUCCACUAACUGGCUUUACGAAGGGCCAACAAUUUGCAACGAAGAAUGAGGUCCGACACGCUAUUGCCACUGAAGCAAUGACUCGGAGUUUUGAAUGGCAAACAACCCAUUCCGACACAAAGAGGCUGCUGGUUCGAUGCAGAAAUGAAAAUGAGGGAUGCAAAGCUAGGGUUCGGGCUAUCAAGAGCAAGAGAGUCGGCCAUUGGGUCAUAUCCCGUGCGGUGAACACACACACAUGUGUGUCAUCAAUAACAUCCCAAGGCCAUCGACAGUUGAAAUCAAGGGUGGUUGCCGCGGCUAUCAAACAUCUAAUUGAGGAGCAGCCCGACCUGAAGGUCAAAACCAUCAUCGCCCACAUUUCUAGUCGUUAUGGUUAUAUCAUUAACUACAAGAAAGCAUGGCAUGGGAAACAGAAAGCAAUGGCUGCAGUGUUUUGUGACUGGGAAGAAUCAUAUGCAUUCCUUCCCAAAUUGAUUUUGGCGUUGGAGGUGUCUAACCCUGGCACCAUUUUCUCGCCUCGCUACCAAGUGUUGUAUUGUAUUGAUUUAAAUUAUUGAAAAUAAUCAAUACGAUUAACAAUUAAGUAAAUUAUUGUACAACAAAUAAAUUACUUUAACAAAAUACAAAUUACAAGUGAUGAUAAAUAAUAUGUACCUUGUGGUCGUUCCAAACGUCUCUUGAACGAUGAUUUGCUUGAUCGUAUAAAACUGUCGGAUCAAU